AUGAUUCAGAAACAGAUCCUAUCCAAAUUCCUAAUGAGAAAGAGUUUUUACAAUUGUCAGUGAAAAUUUACUUUUCGAAAUUUCUCAAAAAAACUGACCAAAAGAAGAAAAAAAGAAGUCUUUGUGAAAUUUUGCACAGUUCUUAAUGAAAACUUCCCUCCAAACACAGACAAUUCCAGCAGAUUCGAACAAAGAAACUCGAAUUUUAUGGCCUUAGACCCAAUGAAUCUUAUGAAAAGAAACGAAAAUUAUAGUGUCAAGCUAAGGAAAGACCAGAGAAAAGAUUUUUUUUCAAAAGAAAAGGCUUAG